GAGGGUGAGCCUGGCUGACAUCAGCCUGGUGUGCGCCCUGCUCUGCCUCUACAAACAGGUGCUGGACCCCGCGUUCCGGGGCCCCUUUGGGAACGUGAAUCGCUGGUUCCUGACGUGCCUGAACCAGCCCCAGUUCAAAGCCGUGCUGGGAGAGGUGACCCUGUGCCAGAGGAUGGCCCAGUUCGACGCCAAGAAAUUUGCGGAGAGCCAGGCCCGGAAGGAGAAGGAGCCCCCCAAGAAGGAGAAGGAGCCCCCCAAGAAGGAGAAGCCCCCCAAGAGGGAGGAGAAGCGGCCGGAGCCCGACGAGGACCUGGAUGAGUGCGAGCAGGUCCUGGCAGCUGAGCCCAAAGCCAAGGAUCCCUUCGCACACCUGCCCAAGAG